AUGGAAGAUUUAAAAGAUGGUAUCACAAGAAAGGAAACACUUCUUAAGGGCCAUCGUAUUCACCUUCGUAAAAGGUCCGAUAUCGCGAAGGACAUAGCCCGUUAUAAAUCGAAAAGCAAAACGAAGAAAGAUGUGAACACAAUUAUGUCUUUGAACGCUAUUUUCAAGCAAUCUAAGCAAAAAUCUUUGGACGUUAAAAGAACUUCUGCCAUUUGCAAGAAGAACGACACCCCUCGCCAACAGUCAUACAAGCUUUUGCUAGCUGUUCGAAAUCAGCGCAGCGUGCAACCGUCCAUAUCUGAGUCAUUUUUGAAGGACAUGGGAUUAUCUAUAAUUGGUACGGCUAGAUUUUUCUCUAAUUCGGAGUCGAGUUUGAAAAGCUUGGAACGGGUACGCCCAUUUGUCUACUACGGUACGCCGACGCAGCGACAUGUUAAGGAGCUAUUGAACAAAAGAGGCACAAUUAUUCUUCCAAACGGCGUAACCAGAUUGAUCAGUACCAAUUCUGUAAUCGAAGAGCAUAUCGGCAGGAACGAUAUUCUAUGUAUAUCUGAUAUAGUGAAAUCAAUAUACAACGGAGACGAAAACGCGGAAGACAUAUUAUCGAAGCUCGGAACAUUAAACAUGUCAAUCAAUUCUCUUGAGUGUCCUCUAAAAUGCGGAGAUAUAGGUACAUCAAUAAAUGAGACGCUAGAUCUGAUAUAA